AUGGCUUCAAGUUUUGAUCGGUGGGAGAAGGAUCCAUACUUCUCUGCGGCUGAGGAAGUUCAAGAAUCGGCAGACAGGAUGGAAUCAACGUAUAGAACAUGGAUUCAUUCAAAGAAAGAGGUAUCUAGCAUCUGGGAUUCCGAACAACUAGGUCGGGACCUACUUACUGCGCUCGGUACCACCAAAUGGCAGUUAGAGGAGUUUGCACGGGCUGUCAGGUUGAGUUAUGUUAAAAACUCAGGUGAUGAUGCGCGAGACAGGCAUCGUGAUUUUAUUGUUGCAAUCGAGGAUCAUAUAUUAAAAAUAGAAAAUCAUUUAGAAGAAUGUGCCCUUUCAGAGGGCAAGACAUCAUUGCCUUGGGUGCGCUUGGAUGAAGGGGAGUGCAAUGAACUUGCAUUGUUUUUGUCAGGACCACCGACAACACCUAGAGAAAAUGUUCCAAAAAAUCAUGUCGUGGAGAGUGUGAUAACACAAGAAAUAAGUAAAGAAUCCACUCCCAAAUCUUCAAAUAACUUGAUUAAUUUGGUUGAGUGCGCAUCCUUGGAGCCUAGGGAUGUGAAACCGCACGGACAUAGGAGGACGGCUAGUGCUAGUGCUGAUAUUGGUGCUUGGAAAAUCGCUAUUGCUCAAGAUGUUUGCCAAUCUGAUCCUUGUAAUGAGAAGGCCCCGCUCCGCGACCCCCGCACAAGGUACCUAAAUGGAGUUCGGAAAUGGAAGGCAAUGGAUCAUAAUCAAGAUUCCGAUACAAUACCAUUGCAAUCUUCACAGUUAACUAGGGGCAUAGAUGCAUGCUAUGAGAAAAGUAAGAGUUGCCUGGAUAGUUAUGAUGAAUGUUAUGACAAGCAAAUUUAUGGCUGGUAUGGAGCUAUGCAGCGCCAACUUCAACGGUCCCAGUAUCAAAUGCAAUAUAGUCGGUCUGUCCAAGCAGCCUUGUCCGUUGUUUUUCUCUUCUGCUUAAUUGAUGAAGAGAGGCUUAUGUUUAUUGGGUCUACCUGCAGUGUUAAUUGCAUUGCGUGCAAUUUAAGAAGCUGUACGUCCUACAGUUUACAGCCUGGGGCAAUAAAUGGCUCGGAGGGCAUCCCAGUGGUGAUAUGCGGGAAGGAUGUUUUUGAUGGAACAAGAGUUUUUCAUUAUUAUCAAGCGACUGGCUCAGUAUAG